AUAUAAAAAAAUCAUAGAAAAAUGCAAAACCAAUAAACAAAAAACAGAGGAAAAGAUAAGUUUAGUACAGCAGCACAAGAAGAAGAAGAAAACUCAGGGUUCACACCCACCAUUCCAUGUUCUUCCAUGAUUACCCUUUCUCUAUAUCUUGACUCUUGUGGGUAUGCUGGUGUAAAGUGAUACAAUUAGGCACAAGUCAAGCCCAAUACAGAGUAUCCACCAGAGUACUUUUCUGUUUUUCAGUUUCCAAGAAAAAGCUUAACUUUCUAGAAGAACCCUUUCCCAUUUCUAUCAGAAUUUGGCUGAAAAUUUCAAGAAAAGAAGAGGUAAAUCAUUAAAUUAACUUGCUUAUUGAAGAGAAAGAAGAAGAAGAUUCAAGCAGAGGGCUCUGUUUUGAGCUGUUCUAAUGGGGAAUUGCUGGCCUAUUAGAAUCAAAGCUGUUAGUCCAUCUCAUGGAGGAUUGAAUUCAAAGUAUGUAAGUAGAGAUGGGAAUGAACUGAGCAGCUCAAGUAGUAAAACAUCAUUUGCUUCGGUUCCGCCGACUCCGCGAAGCGAAGGCGAGAUCUUACAAUCAUCUAAUUUGAAAAAUUUCAGUUUUAAUGAUCUGAAAACUGCUACAAGGAAUUUCAGGCCUGAUAGUGUGUUAGGUGAAGGUGGAUUUGGGUCUGUUUUUAAAGGAUGGAUUGAUGAGAAUACAUUUACAGCUACUAAGCCGGGGACUGGAAUUGUUAUUGCUGUUAAGAGGUUGAACCAAGAAGGGCUUCAAGGUCAUAGAGAAUGGCUGGCAGAAGUGAACUACUUGGGGCAACUAUACCACCCUAAUCUUGUCAAGCUGAUUGGAUACUGUGCGGAAGAUGAACACCGACUUUUAGUGUACGAGUUCAUGCCUCGUGGAAGCUUAGAGAAUCAUCUAUUCAGGAGAGGAUCCUACUUCCAACCACUUUCAUGGAAUCUGCGAAUGAAGGUUGCUCUCGGAGCAGCAAAAGGCCUUGCGUUUCUUCACAGUGCAGAAACACAAGUCAUCUAUAGAGACUUUAAAACUUCAAAUAUCCUGCUUGAUUCGGCCUAUAAUGCAAAGCUGUCGGAUUUUGGGUUGGCAAAAGAUGGUCCUACUGGUGAUAAGAGUCAUGUGUCUACUAGGGUCAUGGGCACCUACGGAUAUGCCGCUCCUGAGUAUCUAGCCACGGGUCAUCUAACUGCAAGGAGUGACAUAUACAGCUUCGGGGUUGUUUUCUUAGAAAUGUUGUCUGGUCGAAAAGCAAUAGACAAGAACCGGCCAGCUGGAGAACACAAUCUGGUUGAAUGGGCAAAGCCUUACCUGUCCAGCAAACGUAGGAUCCUACGUAUUAUAGAUACCCGACUCGAGGGUCAAUACACUCAGGCAGAAGCGUUAAAGGCAGCUAACCUUGCUAUGCAAUGUCUAUCUGUGGAUCCCAAGUACAGACCAAGCAUGGAAGAAGUCGUAGCUUCACUAGAAGGUCUUCAAGAUUCUAAAGGACAUGCAAGAACCAAUCACGGUGAUCGAAACCCCAACCGUAAUCACCAUACCCAUACAAAUGGAGGUAGGCAUCAUCACAAAAGAAGCACAGAAGAAGCUGCUGCUACGCGGAAGGUGGAAUCUUAUCCAAGACCAUCUCCAAACCCUCUCUAUGCUCAGUGAGUGUGGAAGAGAAUAGAUGAAAGCCAGAGCUUUCAUAUAAAAUGGGUUUGACAAGAUAAUCAAAAUUGAAGCGGCAUAUAGACAUGUACCGUCUCUAUUCGAUCCCUGUAUAGUUCUAUAUUUUGGGCAACUGUAUUCGACUUGACUUGAUCUUAACGUCGAUUGUUUCUUUUGGAAAUUUUUGUAAUAUUGGAUAUAUAGACAUAAAAAUGAAAUCCCUUUAGGCAUAA